CCCUUGUUCAUCCACACAAAUCAAACUCAAUAUCCCCCAAUUUCCUACAAAGUUCACUAAUCCCCUCUCAGAUACGCCCAAAAAAUGGCACCAAAGGCAGAGAAAAAACCCGCAGAAAAGAAGCCAGUAGCCGAAAAAGCCGAAAAAACACCAAAGGCCGGCAAGAAACUCCCAAAAGACGCAGCCAGUGGUGACAAAAAGAAAAAGCGUGCAAAGAAAUCAGUUGAAACGUACAAGAUCUACAUCUUCAAGGUGUUGAAACAAGUUCAUCCAGAUAUAGGGAUUUCAAGCAAAGCUAUGGGGAUUAUGAACAGUUUUAUUAAUGAUAUAUUUGAAAAACUUGCUCAGGAAUCUUCUAGACUUGCUAGGUACAACAAGAAACCUACUAUUACUUCUAGGGAGAUUCAGACUGCUGUUAGACUUGUACUUCCUGGUGAAUUGGCUAAACAUGCUGUCUCUGAGGGUACUAAGGCUGUAACAAAAUUUACUACAGAUAAGAAACCCGCAGAGAAAAAACCAGCUGCCGAAAAAGCCCCUGUUGCCGAAAAAACAUCAAAAGCCGGCAAGAAACUCCCAAAAGACGCAGCCAGUGGUGACAAAAAGAAAAAGCGUGCAAAGAAAUCAGUUGAAACAUACAAGAUCUACAUCUUCAAGGUGUUGAAACAAGUUCAUCCAGAUAUAGGGAUUUCAAGCAAAGCUAUGGGGAUUAUGAACAGUUUUAUCAAUGAUAUAUUUGAGAAACUUGCUCAGGAAUCUUCUAGACUUGCUAGGUACAACAAGAAACCUACUAUCACUUCUAGGGAAAUACAGACUGCUGUGAGACUUGUACUUCCUGGUGAAUUGGCUAAACAUGCUGUUUCUGAGGGUACCAAAGCUGUUACCAAAUUCACUAGCUCUUAAAUUGAACUGACUUAGGGUUGUUGCUGUUUUA